GUUGAAGAAGUAAAACUAUAACUAUGUGUUAAGCUCUGUUUAAUAAAAAGUUUCACACCAUGUCAAACUUAGUAAACACAAAGAAUAAUACUGCAUGCGGUGAUACUGAAUAUAAAACAAUCCUGCAACCAAAGAGAAAUGUUUAUGAAUUUCAACAGAGAGAUGAUGAACAAAAGAAUAUUGUAAAAACUAAUAAGAUACCACAGGCCUUUCUUCCUUCCUCACAGAAUGAUCAGAUGAACAGUUUCGCAUCAGAAGCUCCUAUCGAUUUGCGAAGAGGAGCUUGCGGCGACUCUAGUAAAUCAUUGUGCCGUUGCUGUAGGAUAAAUUUCAAAAACAUAAAAGAAGACAAAAAACCCUCGAAAGUCCUUUAUUGGGAAAUUCCUAGACCAAAGUUUUCUGGUAUAUCUGUUACCAAGCAUGAUUAUAAAAUCCAUCCUUUAGUAAAACGGGAAAUUCCCGUAUGGCAUCCUCUCAGAUCUCAACCUUGGACUCGGUUGACAGCUCCUAGCAUAACAGAAACGACGUACAGGAGAGAUUUUGUGUCUCAGGUUCAUGUGCCUCGAUUAACCAAACGUCGUUCACAUGGAUAAGAAAAUUAGACUGUUUCGAUUACUUUCACUCAGAAGAGACUAAAAGAGAGUUCAAGUUAGAGGCAGGCUCAAUAAAAAGUUCUCUUCAAUAGUUUGAUUCCCGUGCAUAUAUUUUGCUAUAAUUAAAAUAAUUAUUUAUUCAA